AGCUCCCGGCCCAGCGCUGCCGGCGGGGAAUAGACCAUGCCUGGGUCAGGCUGAACCGGCGCCGCCGACUCGUCAGCUCCUGCGAGGUCAAGUCCGAAGCGGGGGCUUGGUUCCAGGAGCCCCGGCGCGGAGUGGGCGCACCGUGCACCGAGCAUCGCGCAUGGACGCGCCGGGUGACCCCGAGGGCCCACGCCUCCCCGGAGGUGGUGGCCCUCCAGGAGCUACAAGAGAGACAUCCAGACAACUUUCAAGAGAACAGCUUUUUGUGCUGAUAUCGGCAGCUUCCAUAAACUUGGGUUCUAUGAUGUGCUAUUCUAUCCUUGGACCCUUUUUCCCCAAGGAGGCUGAAAAGAAAGGAGUCAGCAACACAGUUACCGGUAUGAUCUUUGGAUGUUACGCUUUGUUUGACUUGCUGGCAUCUUUGGUAUUUGGAAAAUAUCUUGUACAUAUUGGAGCAAAAUUUAUGUUUGUAGCAGGAAUGUUUGUCUCAGGAGGAGUUACAGUUCUCUUUGGUGUGUUGGACCAAGUUCCAGAAGGACCAAUGUUUAUUGCUAUGUGUUUUCUAGUGAGAAUAGCAGAUGCAGUCAGCUUUGCGGCCGCAAUAACUGCGUCUUUUUCUAUUCUUGCAAAGGCUUUUCCACACAACGUGGCCAUGGUGUUGGGAAGUCUUGAGCUUUUUUCUGGCUUGGGACUAGUGUUAGGGCCCCCUUUAGGUGGCUUCUUAUAUCAAUCCUUUGGCUACGAGAUGCCUUUUAUCCUUCUGGGAUGCAUAGUUCUGCUGAUGGUGCCACUCAACAUGUACAUUUUACCUAAUUAUGCUCCAUGGACAUCGCUGCCAGGGCCACCACGAGGGACAUGCCCGGUACAAGAGUCAGCACACUCAGGGAGGCACAAAGCGUGGUGGUGUCCUCAUCAGUUUGAUUUACCAGCUGGCUCCGUGGGGCUGGUAUUCCUGGGUUUGGCACUAUCCUACUCCAUUUCUUCACCGCUGUUUGGUUUACUAAGUGACAAAAUACCGCAUCUCAGGAAGUGGUUUCUGGUUUGGGGAAACAUAAUCACAGCAGGAUGCUACAUGCUCUUAGGACCUAUCCCAAUCUUGCACAUUCGGAGUCAACUCUGGCUGCUGGUGCUGAUAUUGGUCUUGAAUGGCAUCUCGGCUGGAAUGAGUAUAAUUCCAACCUUCCCGGAGAUUCUCAAUUGUGCAUAUGAAAAUGGAUUUGAAGAAGGAUUAAGUACCUUGGGACUUGUGUCGGGUCUCUUCGGUGCCAUGUGGUCAGUUGGUGCUUUUAUAGGACCCACCCUGGGUGGAUUUUUAUAUGAGAAAAUUGGUUUUGAAUGGGCAGCUGCUGUGCAAGGUCUUUGGGCUCUGACAAGUGGAUUAGUGAUGGGCUUGUUUUACCUGUGUGAGCACUCCCGGAGUAGAAGGUCUCCAUCCCAGAAUAUCCUCGGCACAGAAGAAGAACGAACUGCUCUCUUACCCGAUGACACCUAGCCUUAGGAAUCCGGGAUGGAUACCCUUGAGGAGACCCAUGCUCCUGGCCUUGAACAUCCAAGUUGAAAGGGUUUUCUUACUAGUUCAUAUCAAACUCCACAGACCCGAUACCAGCAUCCUGAAAGUCUCAACAUAUUUUUGGAUAAUCCUGUGUUGGGCUUUCCUGAAAAGCUGGUCAUAUGUGAAACAUUAAGUAUGAGAGGAACAGUUGAGAAUCAGCAGAAGUUUUUGUUUUUAGGUAAUCAAAUUUGUCCUUGAAGAGGUUACUGACUCCAGGUCUCCUGUUUCCUCUGUUUACUUUUUAUUCUAAAUGCGCUAAUUCUGUGAAUGUACCUUUUCUUUAUUAACAGGGAAAUAAAUUAAUUAAUUUUAUAUGCCUAAAAGUAAUAUAAAGAUUACUUAUAAUGUAGAGAAUAGAACAGUUACUGUGAAAUCAGUUUUUAAAAGGCAUGCUUUCUCUGGGGGCUAAGAUUCUUCUUCUGAAGGCAGCCUUCCUGCCUUUCAUGCAAAAGUUGUAUUUCCAGGCCCUCAGCUCUUCUAGAAGUUUUGUUUGUGUGAAAGUUACAAGAAUAACCGUACUUUAGAAUUUCACUUUUGUAACGUACUUUGGAUUAUGAUCUGGAUUUAUAAAAAAUGCUUAGUUUAAACAUUACUCAUUUGCCUUAAUGUCCCUAUUUCAGUUCUACUGUCUGGUUUUUGGUUUUUGUUUUUUUUCUAAAACCUACUUCUGGUAGAUGUAUCCCAUUCCCAAAGCAGAUAAGCCCAUAGGAUUGCUUAUUAUAUUUUAGGGAAGGUGUUUGUCUGACUUUGUGUAAAAUUCGUCCUGUUGCUUUAAGUGGGUGAAUCAAGUGGGUGAAUCUUUACUGUGUAAUCCUCAUACCUCCUGAUGUGUUUUCAUGGUGGUGUUGUAGCCACAUUUAAUCCCCUUUUUUUAAUAGAAGAAAUAUAUUGAUUCAAAAAUAUUUAUUGAAUGACUUCUCUAAACUGACAGUCUGUGACAUGCUAGGAAUUUAACCGUGAUCAAAAUAAACACAAUCUCUGCUUUUUGGAACUUACAUUCCGGUGGAACAGACAAACUAUAAAUAAAUACCAGGAUCUCCCA